UUGAAGGAUGGAUAAACAGAGCGCUAUCAAACGACUUGAUGCAUAUAGACGAUAUAAUAAAAAAUUAUGAAAAGAAAUCGCAUAUGUACAGUAUAUAGAUUCGACAAAAUGUCCAAAGCUGAGAAUAUAUUUAUGUUUUUUAAUUUGAUGUUUCUUCGUAGCUAGCUAGUAGAUAAAUGUAGGCAAUGUAAUGAAAAGCAAAAUAAAAUCGCCAUAGUCUUAUCACUAACUUACACUAAUGAAAUAGUAGUCAUAAUUACAGUAGCCUAAAUGUAUGUGUAAAAACACUAAUCCACAAAUAUAAAACAAUCAAGUGGAAAACAGUACGGCAAACAGCUGUUCGUAACCUCGAAACCUCGUAUGUCGGGACCGAUGGAAGACCUCUAUUUUUUUAUUUAGAAAAAUGUCCAAAGAUAACAAUAUAAUUGAUAUAUAUAUAUAUAUAUUUUAAGUGUCUUAGUAGCUCGAUGUAAUGUAAUACAUGUAAAUAAAAAAAAACUAAAAUCGAAUUCCUAAAAGUUUCUAGCCGGAAGUGACGACAUGUAAUCAGUUGCAACCAACCUCAGCUGGUGGUCGUGUCGACUGUCGAGGGCGGGCGCUCACAUUUGGGUUUUUCUUUCUCACCGUGUCGCAUUAAAAUUCCCUCUGUGAUGCCAUUUAAAGCUUAACAAGUUACAGAAUAUAUAUAUUUUUUAAGAAAAUAUUGUGGCGCCUGUGCAGCAACUGACGUAAGAAAUUGUUUUUACUGUUUUCUUUUUUUUUUUUAAAUUAUAUAUAUUUUUUAAGCCGACUGAAUAAGGCUGAAAUGAGAACUGUGGCGCAAAGGAUGCUAAGGACCUGCAACAAACUGUUUACAAGGAAGACCCCAAACGACAGCGCCGAAGCCCACCCGUCCAACAUUGAAACGGCCGCCCAGAUGGAGAACAUCCAGCAGCUGAACGACAUGGAGGCGACCCGGGCGUACGUGCGCCACGUGGAGGCGGCGGGCGAGCGCGCCCACCGCGGCGGCGGCUGGCUCCUGUCCAGCAUCGUGUGCAUCAACGUCCUCAUCCUGGGCUGCGCGCUGGUCAGCAGCAGCGCCUUCAACCGCGUGGCCAUCACGGCCGUCGACCGCCAGAUCUUCCUCAUGGUCCUCCUCGCCCUCACAGUGCUCUGGAUGCUCUUCUACGCCACAGUCACCUACCGGAAGAACAAAGACCUCGUGACUCAGGACAGCCACGCCGGGCCUGCGUGGCUCCGAGGUGGACUUGUACUGUUUGGCCUGCUCAGUCUGCUCAUGGACAUCUUCAAGAUGGCCAACUACAUUGGCUACCUUCACUGCGACUCCGCCGUCAAAGUGGCCUUCCCUGCCGUGCAAGCGGUCUUCUUAUUUGCCCAGACGUACUUCCUGUGGGUCCACGCGAAGGACUGCGUGCAGGUCCACACAAAUGUCACGCGGUGUGGCCUCAUGCUCACAUUCUCCACUAACCUGGUAGUGUGGAUGGCGGCCGUCACCGAGGAGUCGCUCCACCAAACGGGCGCUCCCCAGCCGAACCUCAGCAUCCCGUCCAAGAUGUACAGAGACAGUUACGACCAAGUGGUGAAGUGCAGCUGCAGUCACUCUGCGUGCAGCGCCUUCAAGGAGGCCUUCUACUACCUGUACCCCUUCAACAUCGAGUACAGCCUCUUCGCCUCGGCCGCGGCCUACGUCAUGUGGAAGAACGUGGGCCGCCUUGUGGACGACCGCGGCCACCGCAGGGCCAAGUUCCGUCCCAAGGAGGCGCUCGCGGGCCCCGUGCUCGGCCUCCUCCUCGUGGCGGCGGGCCUGGUGACGUUCAUCGUGUACGAGGUGGAGAUCACCCUGGAGGACGAGACCGUGCGCCGCAACGCCCUGCUCAUCCAUUUCGUCAUGAACGUCGUGAUCGUGAGCCUCAUGUGCAUCUCCACCGUGGCGGGCUGCGUGGUCUACCGGCUUGACCGCCGCGAGCACGUGUCCGAGAAGAACCCCAGCCGCAGCCUGGAUGUUCAGCUUUUGGUGGGGGCCUCCAUGGGCCAGUUCAUCAUCAGCUACUUCUCCAUCGUGGCGGCGGCGGCGGGCACGGGGGCUCGGGACCCCCUGGACGCCCUCAACUUGUCCUGGGCCGUCCUCACGGUGCUGCAGCUGUGCCUGCAGAACUACUUCAUCAUCGAGGGCCUUCACCGCGAGCCCUUCCACGUCAUGCGGGAGGACGCCCUGCACACCAACGCGAGCGCCGUCACCAAUGGGCGGAAGUCCAGCUGCCUGCUGACGGCGGCCACGCGCCCGAACUGGAAGAGGAGAGUCUUGAAGGAAGUGUGCGCUUUUCUGAUGCUCGCCAACAUCAUCCUGUGGAUCAUGCCUGCCUUUGGCGCUCGGCCUCAGUUCGACCACACCGUGGAGAUCAAGUUCUACAAGUUCAGCAUGUGGACGGCCAUCGUCAACAUCGGACUCCCUUUCGGAAUCUUCUACCGCAUGCACUCGGUGGCCAGUCUCUUCGAGGUCUACAUCAUUUCAUAGUUCUCGCCCCCCUUUUAAAAAUGUAUGUUAUAAAUAAAAUUGGAACAUGAGAGAUGAUUUUA